UCGGAACACACAGCCAUAAGCAGUAACCUACCAGUUACUUUCAAAAAGGCAGUCGAACAGCCCUACCAAGCCCUGGUCCGCCUAUAUCAGCCAACGACCGUUUGCUUUUCCUUCGGGAGAGUGGCAAUUGCAUAUUGCAAAUGGGUUAAAACGCAAAAAUCGCUAGCUCUCGCAACCAACGAAUGACCAACUAGAGAAACAUCAGGGCUUGACAGUUACGAGCUCUAGAGAUCAGGCAGAACUGGCUAAACAGUCUCGUUUGAUCUGUGAGCAGAAAGUGAGGUGCAACUUGAAACAAUCGAAAUUGUGAAAGCAGCUUCGAGAAAACUAGGUAUUGGCAGGGAGUAAGUUGCGUACUAAUAAACACGCCUCAUAUGCCCCAUGCUCACGUCUUCUUUUUUAAUCCGAAGAAAGGCCAGUCUAUAGACAAUUGCAAUUAAUCGCAAAGCAAGAGUACACGUGGCAGCUGGAUGGCCCUACAUUCAUUGGCAAGCGACUGCGGCCUAUACGUACCACACUGUUUCGUGUCUGCUGAAUUGAACGGGUUGUUUCAGAAGUGUUAGAGCGAAAACAUCCCGGGGUCUCUGUUUGCGAACAGCGAAAGCGUAUUCACCUAUGCGGGCUUCGGACUGCGAGGCGCCGUCAUCGGAUCAGCCUGGCCGCUGCGUUCCCGAGUCUGCGUGCCCGGAGGCCCGACGCGAGCGGUCAAACUCGUGCGAGCAACUGGACCAUGUGUGCUGCCGCCGGGAGUCGAGACCGCAGCGCUCCGCCGCCGACAAGGACCGCAUGUUGGCGGUACUCCAGGAGAACAGGCUACUGUGCGGCCGGAAUCCUCCCAGCAAGGACGGCAAGAAACGGUUCCCAGUGCAUUACGUGCUUGGAGGAAGGAGCGUCCGCAGUCACGGAGAGUACCCGUUCGUGGUGGCAGUGUUCCGCGACAAGAUCAAGGUGGAUAACUUCUGGUGCGGCGGGGCCCUGAUCACGAAGCAGGUGGUUCUGUCGGCGGCACACUGCUUCUACAAGGCGAAUGACACGGAGUUCUUCGUGCGCAUGGGCAGCCUGGACAUAUCCAAGAGCCGCGUGCGGGGCGCAAUGACGCAGACGGUGGAGCGCAAGGUCAAGCACGUCCACCUGCACCCGGCCUACAACGGCAAGCAGCAGAACAGCGACGUGGCGCUGCUGCUUCUGCACAAGGACGCGGGCGUGAGCGAGUCCCAGAUGCCGGCCGCCUGCCUCCCCGACGAAGACGAGCCGCCCGCCGCACACCAGGGCGUCAUCCUCGGCUGGGGACACAACGGGUUCGGAGGGAAACUGCAGACGAACCUUCAGGAAGCCGACGUGCCCCUCGUGAGCAACGAGCAAUGCGACAAGCUCUACAAGACCCUCGGAACUUACAAGACCGUCUUUCAACACGGCGUCGAUCAGGACUUCCUCUGCGCAGGAAACAUCACUGAAGGCGGAGUCGACGCCUGUCAGCACGACUCCGGUGGACCGCUGGCAGUGCGAGUGAAACGAGACGGCAAGGCCGUGUGGGAGGUGGUGGGGGUCGUGUCCUUCGGCGUCCAGUGCGGCCUGCCGGGAUACCCGGGCGUAUACACUCGCGUGGCUACCUUCGUGCCCUGGAUCCUACAGUCCGCCGGAAAGAUCGCCAAGAUCAAAGGGAAGCCCGCCGCGGCCCUACGACAGCGCCCCAAACCUUAGCCAAUGCUCUGUCUAUAUAGUAGGCUCAGCAGCAUGUGCCUGCCUACGAUCCGACCGUAACGCCGUAACUCGUGGUGUUACUGUGGUCGUUGCGCACCAGACUUCUGGCGAAACACGGCUCACACUGUAGUAGCUGGUUGUGAUUACACUUGUCAACUGUUCGAAGAAAUUUGCGCACGAACGUGCACCUCCAUGUACAGGGUCGUCCACUCAUAGUACGAACACGGCGCAGCGUGGCCGCGCCGAGUGCGCUGGUACUCCGCGGAGCUCGGCCACGCUGAGCCGCCUUCGUACCAAGAGUUAGUGGACGACCCUGUACAUGCGUGCAACCCGUUAUGUACACAAACUUGCUUGCCUUGUUGCGCUCUUUUCAAGGCGACUGGGCUCUGCGACCGAUUUUGAAUCCGCAGUGAACGCUGUUGUGUGUGUACACGCAUUCCCUCCUAUUCCUUUUCACUUUCUUCCCCCGUACCCCUUCCCCAGAGUAGGGUAGAACGCGUGCUCGAAGUAUAAUAGACGGUGCAGAAAUAUACGAAUUUCAGAGGUGCGCCUGUCCUUUCCCACGAGACCGGGCUCCUGAAAACCAACAGCUGUACAAUGAUGACUCGUUUGCUUCAUGCUAACACCGGCACAGGGAAUCUAAGAAGCUUCAUUUGAACGGAACUGCAAUAACAAAUGUAGGGAGUCUCAGAGCCACACGUCAAUUCAGAGGGGAUCAGCGGAUGGAUAGAACCACACCGCAUUGUCGUUGUUUGGGUUUUACGUGCUCUCAUCUAAGCGCUCUCUCUCUAGCGGCUUAGUGCGUGUGUGAGCUGCAUGCGCAUUAAGCAUAAACCCUUUCAUUUGCAUUUUAAAGCUCUCUCUCUCUCUUAAAGUGAUAGCUUUAUUUAGUUACUUCACCGACUUCCGAUCGUUGGUGCUUCUUGCUUUAUAGACCAAAAGGGUAGCAUGAUAAACAGAAGAGUAGGAGUCUAGGAGAGUAGCGUAAUGCGCAGGUGCGGAGGCGGAGAGAGCGUAAUGCGCGAUUGGAGAACAUUCGCGGUGGCGUCACCUAUAUAAGAGAGGCGAUAAAAAGAAAGGCGUGCGCCCAACACAGAUGUGUGUCAUGACAUCACCGCCAAAACCAUGUCUGGUUUCGAACUUAUCAACUCUGCCACGUCUCGAAGUGAAGAUACCGUCACAAUAUAUUGCAUUGUGCUUAGUGUAUGGCGUUGGAGGUAGAUUGCAGGGUCUAACGAGGAAGUUAUUGUUGACUUUGAGAAUUAUGUACGAUUGUUUCUGCAACAAUUUUUUACCAUUUCAUCCCACUGCGUGCACCUUUAUGUAGAGCCCAUGGCAAUGACACGUGUAGGCUGCAACAGCACAUCACACAAAAUGAAACGAGUGCUCGUGACCCCAGACUUCUUACAUCAUAGUAACAGGGAGUGAGUGAUUUUUCCCUAGUGUUCGGUUGUUCGGUGGUAUGUUGAUAACAUUCUGGAGGAACAGUGCACAUGCAGAGAAGCGAACACAGAACUCCCUGCUAUGCCCACCCCCCUCUCCCCCAACUCCAGCUUCUUUGGCACCUCUGACACUCCCCGACAUCAACCAGGCCCCGGUCCAACUUUCCACACCACUUUUAAGAAUACUGUCUACUUCCGUUAUUUCGAUCCCGGUUAAUUAAAUUUUUCGGUUAAUUCGAUCCUGACUGUAGGUUCCGGCCGGCGCUCAUGCAUUUCAAUAGGAGUUUCAAAAAAUACUUUCGUUAUUUCGACCCUAAAAUUGACCUUUGCCGGAUAAUUAAAACUUGGUAGAGUCAGCAUGCACGCGCCUGACCAACUUUGGUGUAAAGCCUUAACUCUAGUGGCCCCAAUAGCGACCCCUUUAGUGGCAACGUGUUUCGGUGAAGCUUAGGAGUCAGUGAACGAACGUCAUCUCCUGUCGCAAACGCCUAUUUUCGGCCUGCCCUAGGAAGAUUUUCAAGCAAUAACUAUAGCUCACAAUGCCUGAUUACAGCAUUUACCUGACUCUAACGUGCGAUUUUUUUUUUUGUAAGAAAAGAAAAUUAGGUCGAAAAUUGCCAGCGGGCUGCAGUCGGACAGAAAACUAGAACUACCUUCGCGGCAGUUGUAUGCUUUUCGGCAAAGCACGACUAUUGCGGCAAAGCUGGCUUUAGGAAACUGGCCGCCAUUGUGCAACACACAUUAGACCUUUGCGUUUCUUUAAGCGAAGCUUUAUAGGCUCAGUUGUGUCGGGGUCGAAGUCACGGCACCAUCAUCAGCAUUGGCUCGGGCAUCGUCGUCGUCUUCCGCAGAUGUCUCAUUGGCGCCCAUCGGGUGGCGCACGCGCUGAUGCCACUGCUCCCACGUUCGUCGUCAUCAUCUUCUGCCAAAGCUGGCGCCGUUGCCGCUCAUCAUUCCAGCGUUCCAUUCUUCUGUCGUCGUAAUGGGGAGGCAUAUGGGGGUAUGAGCCGUUGCAUAAAGAGGUAUGACCCAUUCACUGUCUUACGUGACGGUCCGAUUUAAUUUUGAAGCAAUUUAAUUUCGAAGAAUCGCAAGCGGCAAUGACGGACGAAUGCUACUAACCACACCGCCGAGCAAACUCGAGACAUCGAUCACAAGCGACAACAGCAACAAGCAGAGAAUCGUACAACGCAACGGAAGGAAAAGUAGUACAAAAGGGAAGAAAAAGUAGUGUCAGGUACACACACGACAAGCCUCGCUUACCCCUAUUUUCUCAAAAGGUGAAGGUUUUUUUUUUUUUUGCUAUAAAUGCAGGUGUGCGUUAGAUUUCUAGUUUGUUUAGGAGCUUUAAUGUCAUUUCUAUGUUAGUUAUCUACUUUCGACACAUAGAAAGUGGACGCGCGUUUGAUUCGAGGGCGUGCUAGAAUGCGGCAAAUGCUGUCAAAUGAAUCAGUGGUGUGUUUUGGCGUUUUCUCUGCAUCUUGUUUAACUCGACCCACCGGAUAAUUCAAUCAAUUUAGUCGGUCCUGCCAGGGUUGAAUUAAAGGAAGUUGACUAUACAUGGUUGGGAAUUCAAAAGUAACAUGAAAGAAAUUAAAAGACAGGACAUGCACAGCCUUGUUCCACGACACUCUUUGCUCUAGUCAGUUCGGUCUUGCUCACUCUUUUCUAGACAUGAAGUUGCUCCUACCCGUCCAAAAAGGGUAAAAAACUACUCCUAAGGUUGUCUUUCGUGAUACAGUGCACAGAACUAUGAUCUCCCGCAUUGCCUGCGAAAUUGCCCCACAUGGCGGUCACGUGCCCAAAUGUUAUCGUGCCAAAUUAAAGAAACUGAGUGAGAUUGGACUUUUCUGUGCCUUUUAUCGUUAGAGAAAGUAUCAGCGUCGAAGACUCGAGAAAUUGUAAUAUGGUGCAUUACAUCAGUAGUGACAUAUUUUCGAAGUUGUAGAAACUCUACAUGCUUAUCGCGUGUAAAAGAACCACACUUAUCAAGUACAAAAGUUGGCAGACGCAGCAAAAUUUGCUCUGUGUCAUGAAGUCACAAUAAUGUCAAUGACGCCAGAUCCGGAUAUCGAGAUCAACUUUAGUAUCAAAUUAAAUUAUCUCACAAGCAUUUCUGGAGUUUCAUACUUGCUAAAUGUCAUCCUCUUAUGUGCGAGAAGCAUGUAGAAAAGUUUCUAUAACUUUGAAAAUAUGAGUGAGUACUGCUAUAAAGGGAUUGCUUUAUUUUUUCUAUUUAGCACAGCUGAUUGCUUAUGCUAAUAUCCAUUCAAUAUUUAAACUGACACCACUGCCUAAUAUUACAAAGCUUGUAAAGUGGCGUAGUCUGAGUAUGUUUGUACUUCCAAGAGUGAUUUGUACGCAGCAGAAAGGACAGUCGGAAAAGGCUCAAAUGGUCAUGGAUGUGAAUCCAGUGUAUGCAUGCCAGGAGCGUCAUCAAGUGCAGUUUUGGCAGUGCUCAAUGAACAACUAUACCUAAAUAUGAAAUUCUAUCAUUCUAUUAUAUUGCCCAGUACUGAAGCAUCAACUCUAGCUCUGUAUUUCCCAACAAUUCUAAAUUUCAAGUAAUGGAAGUUAUUGUGAGAACUCUUCUGAACUUCAAUUCCUAUUUAUUGCAUUAAUAACCAAUUAAUAAAAUGUGAUAGUCACUAUUGAUACAAUGGCAUGCAUAUGCAAGUAAAUAUAAAUCUCAAAUCAAUUAUGGAAUUAUUAUGAUGCACCAUUCUUAGCUUCCUAAUGAUCUGCUGGCACUAAUUAUUAAAAAUGCACUGCACACAUUUGCAUUUUUAGUGCCAUUGUAUGUACAAAGUAAAUAAAAAAUGUGGGCUGUUUUCUGCAAUGGCACAAUUAAAAAAAAAAAGAAGGAAAAGCUUUAGAGAGAUUAAAAUGAAACAAAUUUGUGUAUCUAAGCAAGCUCAGGGAUUUACUCUUGUACAGCAAUAAACAUAUCCAUGCAAC